AGAGGCUGAGAUCCUUUCAGCAACUCCCUCUUGCUCCCAGUCCAGAUUCCCAUUGGGAAGCUGAUCUUCCGGGACUCCGCCUCUUGUUUUUAUCCCGCAGUUGACUUUUCGACAUUCACAGUUUAGCCUAAAGGUAUCAGUGAAAAGUUGAUUGACGCUAGUGUUAUGACACAGGAAAUUUUCGAAAGUGAACUUCAAAUGGCCUAUACGAAUACAAGUGACCAACAUGAUGUGUAUCACUACUACAAUGGGAAUAACUAUGGACAUUUCAUGUCUGAUGGUAGCAUUGGAACUGAUGAAUCGAAUUUAUGGUCAAGCAGUCCUAGAUCAGAGACUCCUUCGCCAAAUUCUUAUGUACAGAAUAGUAUUUGUGGAUCUUAUCAAACAUACAAGCCAAUGGGAUAUUCUCCAGUUGAACACCAUGUAAUAACAUACAGAAAUGGCUAUUCCCAUUUUGCAAUGUCUGAUAUACCAACAAAUGUACCUUAUGUACGUGUGGUCAAAAGGAGAACAACAGCAAACAAGAAAGAAAGAAGAAGAACGCAAUCAAUCAAUAAUGCUUAUGCUGAUCUGAGAGACUGUAUACCUAAUGUUCCAGCAGAUACAAAAUUAUCGAAGAUCAAAACAUUAAGAUUAGCAACAUCCUACAUAAGUUACUUGACAAAGGCUCUCGAAUCUGAUGAUCCAACAAUAGGAUUCAAGGCAGAGCUGACGAAUUUAACGAAAAAAACUACGAACCAGCCUGUUCAAUCUGUUGAAGAAAUGGAGCCACACUCUUCCAUAGAAACGACGGAAGACAACCAGAGGAAAGCAAAGGGACGUACAGGUUGGCCUCAACACGUGUGGGCUCUUGAACUGAAGCAAGAGCAGACCAUUUAAUAAUCUUCGGCAACUAGCUUUGAUACUUAUGAAGAAUGAUGGAUUUCAUGUUUAUGUAUCAGAAGAGAAACCUCUCAGAUUACAACUUUUAUUCAUGUUUCGUGUUGUUUCAAUCUGUAACUUGGCAACAUCUAGAUAACGAAUUUUAAGUAAUAUCUUAUGAAGAUAUGCCGUAUGUCACACUGAAAGAGUAGUAGACUCCUGUCUGAAGGUUUUUUGAUGUUAACGCAAUAUUCAAUUUUUCAUCGUCAAUAAUGAACAACUAGAUUCCUAGAUCUACUCAUUUGCAAGCGACAUUAUAAAGUCUUAGGUUUAUUUCAUAAUAUGUUGAACUUGAAAACAAUUUAGAACUUUCCAAAAUCAUAUUUUUCAAGCCUUUUCAGAAUGACAAACGGCAUAUGUCAGGUUUCGAAUAAAUUCACUCAACGUCAACCAAAAAUCCAUUGCUUUAUUUUCAUUCAUGGGAACAGUGAAUCUUAUUUCUAAAAAACAUAUUUUCGUUCAGAAGCUAGUCAUUAUAAUAAAAGUUACCAUUUCCUACCAAAGAAAAUGAGAUAUGUUUUAUCAAUCACUGUUGCUCAUCUAUAAAUAUGAACAGUGUUUUGUACGUUUUGCAGUAUAUAACCAUUUAUGUGUGUUGUUUGUCAACAAAUUCGUCCGAAAAAGUUCUUUGUUUGUUUUUGCAAUAUUUAUGAACUACCGAAUUGGUUUUAAAUAAUUUUACAACAUGGAAAUGAGAUCCUUCAAAGAUGUUACAUUCUUAGAAACUUCCGCAGACUGUAUAUAAUCUAUUUCAGUAAAACCACAUGGCUCUUUUGUAUACAUUUACCUACCAUUUAAGAAUUUUAUAUAUUAUGAUUAUAGUGAGAUAUAAAUAGAAUUCAACUUUAUUGAUAGUGUACUAUUUAUGUUUUUAUUUCUUUAUUUUCGGUAUUAAAUCUCAAAAGGAAAGAUCGAAUAACCUUGAAGAAAUAAGAGAAAAAUUUAGUAUGUAAUUGUUUAUUGUAUAUUAAAGAAUAUAAUGAUUAAGUAGUUAA